CAUAUUGUUGAGAGAAUAGGAAGUCGAGCCAUGAGGAAGAGCCGUUCCAGAGGCAGCUAAUUUACCUGGAAUUUGCGUGACUACAUUUACGUCAAGACUGCCUUACUUUCCCUAUUUAUAAAAUUUUCCUUGACUCCCCAAACCAGCAGUCGUCAGUUUCUGACAUCAAGAUUUUGAAGAUUGUUGAAGACUCUGCUCUAGACAAGUGAUAAACAGUGAAUGUAAAUGUGAGUUACCGUUGCGUGUUCGGUUAUGAAGACUGAAUUAUUGUGCCAUUCCUUCAUAACUUCCUAAGUUGAAUUGGGCUCAGAAGAAUAGAUGCCGGUAUCAGUACUCAAAUGAGGUUGUGUUAGAUGCUGUUAUUGUAUUUCAUUUGCAACGUGUAUGUUCUUAGGAAAUGAUUUCAGUGAAUUAUAUUAUGUAAUAUUUUGACAUUCCAUAAUUUUUAUAUUAUACAGAACAGUUAUCUACGUCAUUCUUGCUUACCAUAAUGUCCUCAAAGACUACUUAGAGGAAAUUCUAGCAUGUCCUGAACUUUUCACAGGUAAUAUUUUGCAUUUUAAUGGGUUUUCAUAAUUAUAGAAAGAAUCUCUUAUAGGUAACACUCAUGUUAGCUGAUGAAUGUUGAACAGAGCAGAUAUGAAGUGGACCCAAUUUGUAAUGUUAUAACUUUCUAUCUUGUAACAUGUGAUAUCCUUGGUUGUGAGGUGAUUGUCUGACCUUCAUCCUGUAGUGAAGUGAAAGCAGUACUUUGUAAAAGUUAGAGUAUAUGAGGACAAAAAGCUAAAAUGGAUUUAGAACAUUCCUUAGAGUUUCCUGUGAAAAGUGAGAUUGAGGAUCCAUUAUCACUAUCGCCAGUCACCAAUGAAAACACGGAUUCGGUUGGCUGUAGCGCAGCCACUGACGAUACCUCUUGGUCUUUGGGCCCUUUCGUUCAAGUCAAGACAGAGCCACCAGAGAUACACUACAGUUCUGACAGUGAAGUGAAGUAUUCCUGUAAAAUUGAACCUGGAGUGAGUGAAGAAAAUUCUGUCGGUUGGAAAAAGGAAGGUGAUAAAGAAAGAAGAAUUAAAAGAAUUAGUCACACGGGGGAAAAACUUUAUAAGUGUGCCGAUUGUGGGAAGGCAUUUUCGAGGAAGAGUCACCUAACAGCUCAUGAGAGGAUUCAUACGGGAGAGAGGCUGUUUAUGUGCAGCGAGUGUGGGAAAACGUUCACCCAGAAAGCAACGCUCACUUAUCACAUGAGGAUUCAUGCAGGAGAAAGGCCGUUCACAUGCACCGAAUGUGGGAAGGCAUUUUCCCGGAAGAGUGACCUCACGAUCCAUCUAAGGAUUCAUACUGGGGAGAAACCGUUUGAGUGCAGCGAGUGCGGGAAAGCUUUUUCCAAGAAGAGCGACGUCACCAUUCACAUGAGAAUUCAUGUUGGGGAGAAGCCAUUUGUGUGCAGGGAUUGUGGGAAAACGUUUUCCCAGAAGAGUAACCUUAAAUCUCAUACUAGAAUUCACACUGGAGAGAAGCCUUUCUCUUGUACGGAGUGUGAGAAAGCGUUUUCUCAGAAGAGAGAUCUCGUGCUCCACAUGAGGAUUCACACGGGAGAGAGCCCUUUCAAAUGUGCCGAUUGUGGGAAAGCAUUUUUGCAGAAAGCUCUGCUCACAAAGCAUAUGAUGACUCAUAGUGAAGGGAAGCCCUUGGAAAGGCAGAAGAGCAUGUUUUCAGAAAAAUGAUCUUGCAAAGUGGGUUAUAGCUGCGCCUGCACCAAGACAUUCAGCUGAGGACUGCAGAGAAAAGCACAACUCCAGGGAAAUUAUCCAUGGAGUGCUCAGUAGCCCUAUACAGUACCAAUGCAUGAUGCACAAAAAACACGAUCAAAUCAAAAUGGCUUAAGCUGCAAGUAUCCAUGCGCUGCUGCUAAUCAGUGUGAUAAGCAGCUAGUUUUAUUGUUAUUAUUCAGAAGACGAGCCCUGUUAAAAUGGAACAGCCCCAGAGGGACCAUCAACCUGAAAUUCAAGCUUCCAAAGAAUAUGGUAUUCAUUAGCAAGAGGUAACAGAAGGCAAAAGGAAAUACAGAAAGAAGAGAUCACUUAUUAAGAAAUAAAACAUAAUUUAAAUUAAUAAAUAAAUGAUAAAAAUAGUAGCAGUGUAUGAGAUAAAUAGAAAGAGUUUUCUCAGAAAUUUAUCAACUGAUAGUUUGAGAUUUCAUCCAGAGCAGAGAUAGGCUCUGGAUGAAGCAUUUUACGAGAGAAAAUAUAAGAAAAAUGAGAAAAUUCAUUUGAAAUGUUCUCAAACUUUUUAAAAUCAGUGUCACAAGAAGCAUUUCAGCUGCAGUGCUGGAAAUGAAAGAGAUCAUGUUAUGUACAUGGUAUAAUUAUCAUAAGCUGCAAGGGAUACAAGACAGUGACCAUAGUCUAUUGCUCAGAGUGGAAAAAUUUUCCAUUUGACAGAAGUGAGGAAAACUCUAUUUCCUACUGACUCUUAAAGUCUCAAAAUAAAAAAAGCUAAUUUAAUAAGUAGACUUAUGUCAGACCGAAGCCAGUGCUUUGACGUAUCAUUUGACUUGUGCUGUAUUUUCUGGAUCUAAAUUUUCAGUAGGCAAAACUGAACCCCAUUUGUUACUUCUCUCUCAUUCUCUUUGCUCCUGCAGAGCAACAUGGGUUAUACAGCAGUGCGGUAUAGAUGAAAGAAGUACUACAUUUCUUCCAAAGAAAUAUACUAUGUUUCUGCAAGUCCUGAGACUUAUCUUAGAGUGAUAUAGUGUUUCUGAAAUGUCAUUUCCAUCAAGAAAAACAGUAACAGUAAAGCCCUUUCUUGGAUCACAUGAAUAUUGAGAUUCCUUUGUUAGAAGAUGUUGCCAGUGAAAGUUACUUCAAAGUCAGGUUCUACCAAGGUUCUCUAUGGUCUCACGAGGUUCCCCGUCAUUGAUAAUUCUCAUUUAAAAUUAUCCUGUUGCCAGUCGGCAUUCAGAUAUGCCAUACGUACGAGUGAAGUAUAUUUUUUAGCUGUUCAUUCAUAUCAUAUACUGGUUAUUGAUUCAUCUUCCUUUUUACCCAGACUCCAUCAUAAAAACCUAGGUUGGUGAGUUCUGUAUCUGUGCAGCAGCUGAGAAUUAUUCACUCCCCUCCCCUUUACAAGUUUCAAUUAUGACUGAAGAGGUGAAAUACAAAUACAGUACUUGCAAUUAGAUCUUUAAACGGAGACAUCCAUAUCGUUAAUUUUACAAGAUUCCCAGUGUCUUCCUGUAAUUCUUCUAGUCCCUUGUUUAUGUUUCUAAAAGUAUGAUAGCUUGUACUCUUGCCUCAGAAAAGUUAUCAAUAGGGUCUGUUUUUUGUACAGAAGUUUAUUUUUUCUUAGUAAAUUCCAUGCUUUGGUGUAAAUAAGCAGACCACACCAAAGCAUGUGGUGCAAAACUACCAACCUAGAUUAUAUGACAGUGUAUCCUCAUGUUACCCACUUGAUAACAGUUUUCUUACUUCUUGAUGGUGUCAUACCAGAUGGAAACUUUUUCUUCCAUUUCAGUUAUUUUUCCCCUCUUAGAAAAGACAUCUGGCACUUGCAAAGUAAGAGUGUGCCGUAUGAAGAAUACUUAACAUUUUAAAGGCAAUCUUAUACCUUGUGGUAACAAAUUGUUGGCCAGCAUUGAGGUCCAUCCUGCCUCAAAUCCGAGUGUGAAUUUUUAUUGAGCCUGUCCUUAUGAGUAUCAGAUCAGCAGGUUGUAGCAAGAUUAUCAUUUAUGUAUGGAGAAUAGGCCUGUGGGCCAUGAAUUUAUUUAUUUUUUUAUUUGCCAAAGUAACAGAUAAAAAAAGUUAGUCAGUAUGUACUAUUUCUCUCAUAUAUUUUCAUGUAGGCUCAGGUUUCAGUGAUGCUAAGUCUUGUACAUUUUUUGGUUUAGUAUUUCAGUUAAAUUUGUGGAACAUUUAUGCAUUUUACCAUGGUAUUUUUCACUUUAAGCAGGUGUUGGUAAAUGGACAAGGUUAUAGGGAGAAUUUACAAUAAAUUAUUUUA